UGUCGUAGAAUUUGUUAGGAGGGGUGGUGAUGAUGACGACAUGUGGCUAGCAACUCUGGAAAAUAGUGUUGAGUUGAGCCCGGACCCCCAGUUGAAGUUGAUUUAGUUUGUUUUUGACCGUUUAAAUGGGAGUUUACUUCAUUUAACAUGAGUCAACCUAAGAUUCUGGACAGUCAGGUUCACAAGUGUAGCUAAUUGGCUCCUAAUGUUGUUCAUAAAAGCUCUGUUUAUGGACCCGAAGUCGUGUACCGUUUUAUAAGCUUUUGCCUCCUCGCGGUGUAUUUGUUGGAGCAUAUUUCAUAAUUUUUCAGGCCCGCGACGGAGACUCUAAAUCUAUUUUUUUUUUCACCGUUCACACGCUGACGUAAGUUAUAUUUCUAUGUGGAAAACAGCAGGCGAGAAUCUCCUAUGGCUACAGAUGUGAUUGAGAGUGAGGUGGUGCUGAAGAGUGCGGGCGAAAGGAGUCUGAACAACAAUACCAGUGAAUUACUUGACAUGGAUUGUAAGACUUAUGAGUCACUGGAAAGUAACGUUGGUGAGAUUCAGAGUCCUUCAUCUUUUGGAGUAUCUGGAGAAGAGUACGAAGCAGUAGACGACCUGCAAGACAGCAAGUCUACUUCUACUUUGGAAAAUGGCGAAGAGGCAGCGCCGUGGAGUCCAACCCAAACAGGAGGUCCACUUCAGGAAACGGCAACUCUAGACAAUGGACAAAAACAAGAAGCGCAGCGAAGCUCUACUCCUGUCACUGUUCCCCAGCAAAGCCCAGCAUCUGCACACAACGGAAGUCUGGAGCGUCAGGAAUCCGUGGCAACGACAGAGGCUCGUUUGAGAAUGGAAGGGGUGGAGCUGAAAGAGGAAUGGCAGGAUGAGGAUUUCCCCAGGCCAUUACCCGAAGAGGAGGAGGAGGAGGACAUUCAUCUUGAUGAUGAUCUCUUCACUAGCACAUCUGGAGAAGAACAGCCUGGUGCAGGCUAUGCUGCGAACAGUACUAAGAAGACCAAGAAGAAACUGGCUGCUCCAGACAUCAGCCUAACACUCGACCGCAGUGAGGGCUCUCUUCUUUCAGACGAACUGGACGAGAGCACUGAGCUGGACCUGGAUGACAUAGACACACCCUCAGAUAACAGCAAUGAGUUUGAAUGGGAAGAUGACUUGCCCAAGCCCAAGGCCACAGAGCUGCUGCAUAAAGGUGUGGAGUCGGUCCAGGAGUACUCUGCCUCAGAGGAGAGGGAUGAGGGCCGGCGCUGGAGGGUUUUCCGCAUUGGGGAGCAGGAGCACCGCGUGGACAUGAAGGCCAUUGAGCCCUACAAGAGAGUCAUCAGCCACGGAGGUUACUAUGGAGAUGGGUUGAAUGCCAUCAUUGUGUUUGCUGUGUGCUUUAUGCCUGAAAGCAAUCAACCAAACUACAGAUACAUCAUGGACAAUCUCUUCAAGUAUGUUAUUGGAACGCUGGAGCUGCUGGUGGCUGAGAACUACAUGAUUGUGUAUUUGAACGGGGCCACGUCUCGGAGGAAGAUGCCCAGUGUCGGCUGGCUCAGAAAGUGCUAUCAACAGGUUGACAGGAGGUUAAGAAAAAAUCUCAAGUCUUUGAUCAUUGUCCACCCAUCCUGGUUCAUACGAACCCUCCUGGCCAUUACUAAGCCUUUUAUAAGCUCCAAGUUUACCCAGAAGAUCAAGUAUGUUUUCAGCCUUACUGACCUGGCUGUGCUGGUCCCCAUGGAGUAUGUCUCUAUACCAGAGUGCAUAAAACAGUUUGACGACGAAAAAAAUAGGAAAAGCCAUAAAAGGACUGAUCAGGACAUGCACGGCAGAGUGGAGAUGGCUGCUGCCGCACUUCCUGAGUGAGAGCUGUAGCACUGCCAGGCCAGGACAGAGGAACACACAGAGGAAAAACAUGGAUAGAAACACAGUAACUUGUGUGCUGCGACUGGAGUCUAGCUCUUUUUGUCAGAGUGCCUUUUUGCGACUAUACUGCCUGUUACAUUAUGGAACUUAUCUGUCAGCUGUGUUAGUGUUCCAUUUGCCUGAUAUCUGGUUGUUCUCUCACUGCUCUCUUUCAGAUGUUUUGAAAACCUCUUAUAGAUCAAGCAUAGAUAUCUUUUGAUGUUGUCACAGUUGCUGUUGCCAUGUACUUAAGGCACUCUGUUUCAAAUGGUUGAUGCAUGUUCUUUAUUCAAUUUAAAUAUAUAUUUAUAUUCAAAAGGUGACUAAGGACAGAGAUUAAUAUAUUUUUUAUGGUUGCUUUGAUUUGAAUUUGAACCAUAUUUUACGCUAUUAGACAACUGUUGCGUGGCAUUGUUUAGAGGAGGUUUCAUUGAACAAGAAUCCCAAGUGAAAUAGUGUUAUCUGAGUGUCGUGGGUGGGUGCCAUUUAAUGUAUUUCACUCUAAUAGUGAGAGUGUAUGUGAAACAGUGGAUACUGUACAUUUCUGAACCCAAUUGUAUGCUUUUAUUUAUUGGAAAUGACUGCUUAUCAAAAAUGAUUUUUAUAGAAUGUGUUUUACAGUAGAAUGCAUGCAUUACACAGUAGCUGCUAUUCAUGUAAAAAUGAAUAAACAUUAAAGGUCUCUACUGUACAAGGCAUUGCUUACAUAAAACUGGAUUUAUGUAAGACUCAUGAAUGUAACUACACAGCAGUUAUUUUUCGAUGGUGGCUGUGCAUAUAAUAUUUUGGAUGUUUUGUAUCAGCAGACAGUCAAUGCUGAAAUAAAAUAAUCUUGAACACGGAA